GACUACAUGCUUUACAGAACGCCUGAGAACGGUUGCCUGGUGUCAUUAGCAAGCGGCAAGUAUGGCGGUGGCUCGAGUCGACGGCGAUCUGGCUCCGGGAGAAGGAUCAGUGGUGAACUGGUCAGGGCAGGGACUGCAGAAAUUAGGUACCAACUUGCCCUGUGAAGCUGAUGUUCACACCUUGAUUCUGGAUAAAAAUCAGAUUAUUAAACUGGAAAAUCUAGAGAAAUGCAAACAGUUAAUACAGUUGUCAGUGGCUAACAAUCGAUUGGUUCGGAUGAUGGGUGUGGCCAAACUGACUCAACUCCGAGUGUUAAAUUUACCUCAUAAUAGUAUUGGCUGCAUGGAAGGGCUGAAGGACCUCGUCCAUUUGGAAUGGCUGAAUUUAGCAGGCAAUAAUCUGAAGACCAUGGAGCAAAUCAAUAGCUGUACAGCUCUGCAGCACCUUGAUUUAUCAGACAAUAGCAUACCCCAGAUAGGUGAUGUAUCGAAACUGAUAUCUUUGAAGACCUUGCUUUUACAUGGGAACAUCAUCACUUCUCUUAGAAUGGCACCUGCGUAUCUACCCAGAAAUCUUUCUAUACUGUCUUUGGCAGAAAAUGAAAUUCGAGACUUAAAUGAGAUCUCGUUUUUGGCCUCUUUAAGUGAACUGGAGCAGUUAUCAAUCAUGAACAAUCCUUGUGUGAUGGCAACUCCAUCCAUUCCCGGGUUUGACUAUCGGCCGUACAUUGUCAGCUGGUGUCUAAAUCUCAGAGUACUGGAUGGAUAUGUGAUUUCUCAGAAGGAAAGUCUGAAGGCUGAAUGGCUCUAUAGUCAAGGCAAGGGGAGAUCGUAUCGGCCUGGCCAGCAUAUCCAGCUUGUCCAGUAUCUGGCUACAGUCUGUCCUCUUAUUUCUGCACUGGGUCUUCAAACUGCAGAGGAUGCCAAACUAGAGAAGAUUCUGAGCAAACAGAGGUUUCACCAGAGGCAGCUGAUGAACCAGAGCCAAAAUGAAGAGUUGUCUCCUCUUGCUGCUGUUGAAACAAGGGUGCCCCGUACGCCUGAGUGUUCAAGCCCUGUGCAAGAUUUCCAGGAACGCGAACCUGUCCUCCAAAUCAAUUCUUGGGUUGGGAUCAGCAGUAAUGAUGAUCAGUUAUAUGCUGUUAAGAAUAACUUCGCAGCCACUGCACAUGCUACAAGAUAUUCUCGGAAUGACCUUCACCUGGAAGAUAUACAGACCGACGAGGACAAGCUAAACUGUAGUCUGCUGUCUUCAGAGUCCACUUUUAUGCCAGUCGCAUCGGGACUGUCUCCAGUGUCUCCCACUGUUGAGCUGAGGCUACAGGGCAUUAACUUGGGCCUAGAGGAUGAUGAUGAUGAAGGUACAGAUGAAUUCACAAAAGGGCUGGAAAACCAGGAUAAAGACAAGGAAAAGUCUUUAUGGGAUGCAAAUGAGAGUUCUGUUCGAAUGCCGAAACAUAAGAUCAGUACAGAAGUAAAUGAGGAAGCUGGGCUGUUACCUUGUCCCAAGUCAGUGAUCAUCAACGCUAUCUUGAAGGAGGAUAACCAGAGUCUUAUAUCUCUUCCUGAGUCUGUUGGACACAGUGUGUCCCACAGAGAACUGAACAGUGAAGAAGUCAUGUGUCCUACCACUUCAGAGAAAUUUCCCUCCAGGAUUUUGACCCAGAGAUCUGUUGCUUUGGGACAGGAUAAUGUCACCAUUCAGAAACUGAAUGCAGCUGCUACUAAGCUUCAGGCCUGUUGGCGAGGCUUUUAUACCAGGAACUACAAUCCACAAGCCAAAGAGGUACGAUAUGAAAUCCGGCUGCGCAGGAUGCAGGAGCACAUUGUCUGCCUAACAGAUGAAGUGCGGAGGUUAAGAAAAGAAAGAAAUGAAGAACGUGUGAAGAAUUUUGUGCAAGAAGAAGCUGUCAGGUUCCUUUGGAAUGAGGUAAGAUCUCUACAAGCUUGGCAACAGACAGUGGAGCAGCGUCUAGUUUCCUGGCAUACUGAUGUGCCUCCUAUAUCAAGUACUCUGGUGUCACCUAAGCCUCCGUUAUCUCCACAACAUCAGGACCCCUCUUCCGAUCGGAAUUCGGAUUGGUUCAUUGCUGAGGAUGAAGCUCCCCAAGGGAAGUCAGUGCCGGACUUUCCCGACUCUGGUUUUCACUCCUCCCUGGCAGAACAAGUUCACUGUUUGCAGGAUUCUUUGGAUUUUGAAAAAAGUUUGGUAGAAAGCAGCGAAAACUCCGUGUUGGGGAAUUCUGCUGACACAGUUAAAUGUGUUAAAGACCCAGACUCAGAGGCCACAGCUGAGGAGCACAGUGACUGCAGUAAGGAAGGCUCAGUCAGUGAGCAGGACAACACCCUGCUCCAACAGUAUUUAACUUCGGUCCAGCAGCUGGAUGACGCUGCGGAGAUGGCAGAUUCUGCCGAUGUGGCAGGAGACAAUAAGUGUCACCUAGCUUGUUCUCCGGAAAGGUUAGAUGCCUCCUCUGACAGUGAGACUCAGAGAGUAUCUCCUACUUUUCAGGAGGAAAUUAGUCAGAUGUCAGAGAAUUGUAAGUUAAACGAAGAAGCCCAAGGGCAGCCUCCGGAAUGUGACGCUUCAUUUCAGGUGCUGCAUGUGGGUGUCACUGUGUAACCUGUCUGAUUAACUGGGAAGCAGAAAUUCACUUCGAUUUUCUUAAUGUUCUCAGUUUCUUUUGCAGGGGAGCAACCCUUUCCCCCGUUUUGUUAUUCUUUAUAUACAACCUGUACUCUUGUCCCACACUUUUGAGAUACUAGCUACUGAACUACAUCUUCAUCUUCAUUGUACUACUGUACUAAACAAUAUUGAUAUUAAAAGGCAUAUGCACUUUAUUUCUUAAUAAUUACACCAAUAAUGUUUCCUUUACAUCCGUACUGCCUUUCAGAAACAGUUUCUUGAAGUAGCUUGGUUAUUUUAAUAGGAGAACUUGGUUCUUAACUACAUGACGAGGGGUAUAUCAUGUGAGGGGUGAUGAGGAUGAGGGUUAUGGACAACUGAGAUUUCCCAGGCAGUCUCCUUGGGCUAAAACCUUGGUUUUUCACACUGAGUUAAGGAAAGCCUUCUGAUAUAGGAACACUUAGGGAGAAUAAGGUUUAGUGUGUGUGUGUGUGUGUGUGUGUGUGUGUGUGUAUAUGUGUGUGUGUGCUGACAGUUAAACCCUUAGCCUUGAGAAUGCUAAGCAUGGGCUCUGCCACUGAACUGUUCACCUAACUCCUAGAUUAUAAGUUUUAAGUGGGGUGAUUAAAUUGCCUCAUGACAAACUUUAGCUAAUUUGUGGAUCAGUUCUGAAGUGAAGUGUUCCAUACAGGAUUAAAAUCAAGCUUACUUGGGCAAGGAUAUUUCUCUUUGAUAUGGAGGAAGGAGACAUGAGAGGUAUUCACUUGGAAUCAUGCUGUUCAAAUCUCUCUUUUUAUUACAUACUUUUUUUAGGCUGUUGACAUUUAUGUGCCAAUAUUUGGGAAGAAAUAGAUUGUAAGAAAUCAAUAUGUAUUCAUCAUUAUGUUCUUGCUUUUAUAUACUUCACCAGAAGAGCCAAAGGUACAUUUUGUGUGUGUGUUUGUAUGUGUGUGUGUGUGACUGUGGACCAGAUCUAUGGCCCUGUGCAUGCUAGGUAAGUUCUGUACCACGGAGCUGUGUCUCAGUCCUUAUUUCACUCAUGACCUUUGUCCCAUAGUGAAGAACAUUUAAAAUCCUGAUAGACUGGAAAUGAUUUUUUUUCUAAAGGAUUUUUUUUUUAUCUAAUCUCUGAAAAGUACCCCAUUUGGAGGACAAUUUACUGGUGACUAAGAAAAAAUAAAUUAAGCUGGGCCUAGUGGCGCAUGCCUUUAAUCCCAGUACUUGGGAAGCAGAGGCAGGUAGCUCCCGAUGAGUUCAGUGACAACCUGGUUUACUAGUGAGUUCUAGGUCAGCCAGGGCUACAUGUGAGAUCCUGUCUCAAAAAAAAAAAAAAAAACACAAAAAAACCCCAACAAAA